UUGUGUUUGUAUUGACGCCAUUUUUCUGACGUUGUUGCAACGGUAAGCUUAUGUUGUCACAGCGUUCAUGCAUGCAUUCAAAAGUGUGUAUUGUUUCACUUUCAAUACUGCUGUGUAAAUAAAUUAGCAAAAUUACUUUAACUGCAAUAAAUGACAUGUAGGAAAAAGGAUAAUGCUGAGAGAAAUCUCCAUUUUGCUAUGUUACAUGAUAGGCGCGGUAGUAUGUGACAAUUGUUACCAUUAUGCAUACGGGUAUAGUUACUGCAGCGGUUACUGUUCAGGGUACUACGGAUCUCAGUACUGUAUAUACUAUACCGGAUAUUAUAUUUUUUCUGGUGGAGCAAUAGCCGGCUUAGUUUUUGGAUUAAUUGCCGCUGCAGCCAUUUUUAUUGUCGUCGCAAUUAUAUGUAUAAAAAACCACAAUAAGCGAACUAUUGGACGAGUGGUCGGACCUGCUCCUAACACAACAACAGUAGCUGUCACUAGUACAACACAUCCGACAGGAUACAUGCAACCAAUGAACCCGUAUCCAAGCUACACGACACAACCGCUGCCACAGCCACCACAGUACAGUCCAAUGUAUCCUCCGCCGCCAGCUUACUCAAUUCCGAUGUCGCAAGGAUAUAGUGCACCAACACAACCACAGUACAACAGCAUCUACAAUCACCCACCAACAUUUGGGAACAGAACGCAGACAACAAAUGUAUAACUUUGGUAGUGCUUAUAAUCAACCAUUGAUUGUGAUACAUUCAUAACUAUUAUAUUCUGCUUUCCGUGACAUAAAAUAGUGCUGAUAUCUAUAGUGUUUGUCGCAGCAUUUCAUUCUGAAUUGAUUAUGAACAAGAUAAAUCAUAAAGUUCUUUAAAUUCAAAUAUAAAUGCUAUAUAGUUAUGCUGAAAUUUUCAUACAUGUGUGGAUGCUAAACAAUGUGUUUUCUGGUGAUAAUGUUA